CGUCAUUGAUCACAUGACCAAUAAGAAAUGGUGGACAUCAAACUGUUUUGACAGUGCUCGUUCGUAACCAAAUACAGGUGUACAUGUGAGACUUCCAAAUAAUGGGAGAAGCAGCCUCUGCAGCACAAGGAAAUGCUCAAUUCUCACAGUUACAAGUAACUGUUUUAUCAUCAAAGCUUUCAACAGUUGGUGGACUUGUUCCUUCCAAGCCUGAUCCCUAUGCAGAAAUAAGUGUUGAUAGUCAGCCUCCAAGGAAAACAGAAAUCUUAAAGAAAACACUAACACCAAAAUGGGAUGAAGAUUUUACUUUGUUGGUGACACCUUAUUCCAAGUUAGAUAUAAAAGUUUUUAGUAACAACACAUUUAGAGCAGCUACCUUGGUCGGUACUGCAUCAGUGGAGUUACAUGGAUUACUUCUAGAAAAUCGGGGCAAAUUGGAACAUGUUACCAAAUCAACAGAACUUACUUUGGAGGGGAAAGGGAAAACAGGGGAGAUUUCUCUUACUCUACAUGGCAUGAAUGUCAACAUGACCAAGUUUCCAAAGAAAAACCACAGCAGAAAUGCACAGCCUCAUUCCAAUGGUCAAGUUGCCAGUGGAAGUAGUACUAGUGGCAAUACCCCAAGGCGACCAGCUGAUGGUGGCAGAUCUUCAAAUAGAAGAGCUCCUCCUGUGCCGCCACCUCCAAACAGAUCAGGAGCAGCCUCAGGCUCAGCUAAUACAACACCGUCCACAACAAAUAGUCCGUCAUCAAGACCACAACAGAAUGGUGACGUCCAUGGGGCAGGAGCAUCUGAUGGUACUGCUGGUGCACCACUCCCCCCUCCACCUGGGAAUCCACCACCUUCGUCGACAGGGAAUCUAGCUCCUCCGGCAGGGGACCCGCCAGCACCCACUGCAGGCACCAAUAAUAACAAUGAGGAAGAACCACUUCCUGCAGGUUGGGAAGAGAGAUCAGAUGGCCAUGGAAGAAAAUAUUAUGUUGAUCAUAAUACACGAACUACAACAUGGGAAAGACCACAACCAUUACCUCCAGGAUGGGAAAGGCGAGUAGACAAUAGAGGCAGAGUAUACUAUGUAGAUCACAACAGUCGAACAACAACAUGGCAGCGACCCACAACAGACAUUAUCAGUAAUUAUAAUCAAUGGGAUUCAUGGAGGAAUCAGAGAAAUAUGGCAUUGGAAAACUUACAGAACAGGUUCUUGUUUCCUAAUCCAGCUACAAUGGUACAGGAUGAUCCUUUAGGAGCACUGCCAGAUGGCUGGGAAAAGAGGGUUGACCCUAAUGGAAGAGUAUAUUUUGUUAACCAUAAAAAUAGAACAACACAGUGGGAAGAUCCGAGAACUCAAGGUAUAAUACAAGAGGAUCCUUUACCUGAAGGAUGGGAGAUGAGAUACACUUCAGACGGCGUCAGAUACUUUGUGGAUCACAACACAAAAACUACCACAUUCCAAGAUCCACGAGGGGGCCAGUCAAAAGGACCCAAAGGUGCAUAUGGUGUUCCCAUUCAGUAUGAGAGAAGUUUCCGGUGGAAGUUAGGACAGUUUAGAUAUCUAUGUCAAUCCAAUGCUUUACCAGGACAUGUUAAAAUCACAGUCUCAAGAGACAAUCUGUUUGAAGAUUCUUUUGCUCAGAUAAUGAGGUUACAGCCAUUUGACCUGAGAAGACGAUUAUAUAUAAUCUUUAAAGGCGAAGAAGGUUUGGAUUAUGGUGGUGUAGCAAGAGAAUGGUUCUUUCACCUGUCACAUGAUGUAUUAAAUCCGAUGUAUUGUUUAUUUGAGUAUGCCAGUCAUAACAACUAUUGUCUUCAGAUUAACCCUGCUUCUAGUAUUAACCCAGAUCACCUUAUAUACUUCAGAUUCAUUGGACGAUUUAUUGCCAUGGCCCUUUAUCAUGGUAAAUUUAUUGACAGUGGAUUUACAUUACCAUUUUAUAAGAGAAUGUUAAAUAAGAAGAUUAUGUUAAAAGACGUAGAGACUGUAGAUUCAGAAUUUUACAACUCAUUAACUUGGAUCAAAGAUAACGAUAUUGAAGAAUGUGGAUUAGAGAUGUAUUUCUGUGCUGACUUUGAAAUUCUGGGUAAAAUUGAUCAACAUGAAUUAAAGGAAGGAGGUGCAGACAUUAAAGUAACAGAAGAAAACAAAGAAGAAUAUAUUAACCUUAUGACCCAAUGGAGAUUUGCACGAGGUGUAGAAGAACAGACCAAAGCAUUCCUGGAAGGGUUUAGUGAGGUUGUACCAUUACAAUGGUUACAAUAUUUUGAUGAGAGAGAGUUAGAGUUGAUGUUAUGUGGUAUGCAGGAAAUAGAUGUUGAUGACUGGGAGAGGAGCGCAAUAUACAGACAUUAUCAGAGAAACAGUAAACAGAUUAUGUGGUUCUGGAAGUUUGUGAGAGAAAUUGACAACGAAAAGAGAACUAGGUUAUUACAAUUUGUAACUGGUACCUGUCGACUCCCUGUUGGUGGAUUCAUGGAACUAAUGGGGAGCAAUGGACCACAGAGGUUCUGUAUAGAGAAAGUAGGAAAGGAAACAUGGCUACCUAGAAGUCAUACAUGUUUCAAUCGACUGGAUCUUCCUCCAUACAGAAGUUACGAACAAUUAGUAGAAAAACUGACACUAGCAAUAGAAGAAACUGAAGGAUUUGGACAAGAAUGAGAAGAGAAACUCAUAGUCUUUCUUAAACAUUGUAAACAAUUUAAUGUUAGAGGCACAAGCCAAAAACCAAAGACCUAUUUUCUUGUAUUUCUGUGCAUGGUAGUUGUAUGAUUCUAUAUGUCUUAAUUUGGACUAAUUUCUAUAGUAUUGUAAAAGUUCUCUGUGAUUGAUGUGGCAUUUGAUAGAUUAGCAAUUCACUUGAUUUGGGUUUUUUCAACUUUUCUUAAAAACAAUUCUUUUGACAAUUAGAUAUAACUUAAAAUUAUAAUAGAGAAAAAGCUGAACAAUUAUGAAUGGACUUUUUUCACUCUUUUGUUAAUCUUGAACAUACAAUUUGUAUAUUUCAUAUUUUGUUGUAGUUAACCUGUGUUGUUCAAAUCAUAAUAUUUCUACUGAGCUUUAGGAUGAUAUUGUAUGCUUGAUCUUGGUUGUAAAAAUACAAGGAAAUAUAGUCUGACUUGGUAGAAAUAUCAGAUUAUUUAUAUUAUUCUUCUAAUUAGGGUUGUUUAGUACUGCUUUCCCACAAUUAUGUACUUGCUAAACUUAAACUUGUUUGCUUAUACAUUGUUAUAAGCCUUUCCUCACGGUUUCUAAUUAAAAUUACAGGAGCUAUUUUUAUAAGUCUCAUCAGAACUAAGCUUUAUAUAUUGUGACAUCCUUUUAUAACUGCUGAUUCUUUCUCUCAGGUAAUAUUGAAAUUUUAUUUCAUUUCAUUAAAAAGUAUUUACAAGGUGCCUUUUCCAAGUGCUUGAACAAGUAAACUUGCAAAAAUUAUCCCAUGCUUGAUUUCUUUUAUCUUAUAAUUGAUAUAAAAAUAGAAACAGAAAGUAGUAAAAUAAUUCUAGAGAAUUGUGGGAUACUAGUUCUAAAUGAUUCUGAUUGGUUGGAUGAUAAUGGUUGUAACCUCUACAUUUCUGUGAUCUUAUAAUUGUUAAUUAUUGUUGUCUUAUCUCACUUCAACUAUACAGAACAGCUAGUCAGAUCAUGAUCAAAUUUGUUUUACUAUGUAAAUAUGGUGUUGCAUGCUUUUAAUUGGGGUUUCAGUCUCCAUGUGCAGACUUGCUGCUAAAAUGUUAUAUUUUAAUUUAAAAUUUCCAAAGGUUAAGAAAGUUUUGUUCCAAAUAAUUUUUUGAAUUGCAUCAUCUGAUUUUGAUGUACAAUUGAACACAGCCAUUGACAAUGAUAAUGUAAAGACGUCGAUAACCUUUGCAUGACAGAUCUAUGAUAUAGUUCACUUUUAUUGCUCAAUCAUAGUUAAAAUUUUUUCUUUUCUUUCAAUUUUGUUUGAAGAAUUAUGUAAGUUGCAUGACAUCUUUGUAGUUAUCGAUAAAGGAAUAAUUUCCAGAGCUUUGUAUUUAUGUAUUAUUAAUUAUUUUGUUGACCUAAAAUUUAGAACAGAGAAAAAUUAUAAUUUCUGAUAAAAUUUCACAUUCUCAAUGGUAUAAAUUUUCAACUGUUAUACAUGUCUGAUUUCUAAAAUCAAUAUAGAAAAGAGAUAUAAAUCACAUGUUUGAUUGACAUUUGUAGUAUUGAUGAACUGUAUUGUAUAGAACUAGAACUGGGAAAAACACAUAAUUACUGCAUUAACAGAUACAUGAUGUUAUUAGAUAGUUUGUUUAGUUGAAGUCAGAUAGGUUUUGUUUUGUUAUGUUGUUGUUUGAAAAAAUAUAUAUACAUAUAUUGUACAUAGCUUUUUAAAACUAUGUGAAGAAAGCUUAGAAAACUGUGUAAUUUACUCUUCUUUUAAGUUGUACUAGGUGUGUAUCAUUGUUUUGUUCUGUGCAUGAAUGUUAUCUGAAUGAGGAUGUGACGUCUGUCAGUGUGAGAUGAUUUAGAAAAUAAAUAAUAAAUUUAUGAAAAGAAUUACCCCUAUUUAUAGUCCAAAAGACUUUUAUCAAAUAUAAAAGUGUUUGGCAACAUAUUAUCUCCCUUUUUUAUGAUAAAUUUACCUAUUAUUUUGCAUUAUUGCAUGUUUAAUUGGCUUACCUUAAUGCAUGAAGUUGCUUUGGCUGUUUUUAUUUAAUUCUGAAGUAGCAUAUGUUGUAUUGAAUUUUGUUUUCAAACCAGUUGGUUGUUUUCCCCAAAAUUAAACUUCAUUAACCAUCAAAUGUUCUAUGAAGAAUUUUAAACUCAUUUGAAUAUAUGUUCAGAGAUUUAAACAGCAUAUAAGAACACUGUUUAAUGAAGAUAUUUAGAGAUACAAAUUGCUUGUUCUACGACUUUCUUCCUAGUGUCUCGACAUCACUAACUGGAUACUGGCAAAUUGAUUUGUAUAUUCAUGAAUUAAAUACUCCAUAAAAUUAGACAUCUUCCAAUUAACAUAACAAACUAAUUCAGUUAAUGAUUUUGUUUUAGAUCUAGGAUAUGAGUGAUUUUCUUCUGAUUGUUCCCACAUAUCAUGCUUAGUUUGUGAUAGAGAUUUCAUGGGCAUAACCUUAACAUGUAAGGAAUACAAAAACACUUCAUACAUCAGAUUUUACCGAUAGUUGUUGAUAAACAGAUGUGUUGUAAUGUUGAUACACAGUUGUUAAAACUAGUGAGCUAUUUCACAUGAGGGCACAUGAACACAAUGAUUUUGGUUGUAUAAGAGGUGAAACUUAUUGAUGAAGUUGAAAUUAGGGAGAGAAAAAUAUCAAAUAUUUUGGGUUUAUUGACACUUUGUUCUUUGUCAAGAUCGUGAUGCAUUUCAGUUGUGGUUUGAAAGAUCAUAUGGAUAAGACCUACCCAAUUGUUAUUAACAUCAAGAAUUUUCCAACUAAGACACCUACAUACAAACACAUUUAUUGUAUAGGUACUUACACCUUUAUUACUAACAUGCAAUGGUUUGUGUUCCUUUCAUGAUUGGAUACAUUGACUACAUGUUUAGAUUAUUUAUUUGAGUAGAGUACAGUUUUAUGUACUUCAAUGUUUGAUAUUGGCUAAAUAUUAUGGGGGGAUUUAAUUUGUACUCUGCCUCUUAUGAAUUUUGUAUUUUCUUUUAACAUUUUUAUGCUUCUAUUUAAAAUCAAGUUGUUUUCUAACUAUUUUUUUAUAAAACAAAUUAAUUGAGUUUCAUUAAGUAAGAACAUUUAAAAAUUUAUUUGUAUUCACCAUAUUUAAAGAAAAUGUGCAGUUUGAUAUGUAUGUACUCUCUCUUUUCUUACAACAGGAAAACUGAAAUUUCUUUGUUGUCUGCACAUUUUGUAUUUGUUGAAAUGAUGUGCUUCAAAUGUCAUCUGAAUUGUAAUACAUGAAUGAACAGUUGUAUUUAAUUGUGAUUUGUAAAUAGAUACUUUUAUCUGAUCAUUGUAUAUAUCAUAAUAUCAUCAAUGUUCUUUUGAAGUUUUGUUCUUUCUGGUAAAAUGUUGCAUUGCUCUUGAAAAACAUACAAUGGUGUCUUUUAACAUCCAAAAGGCAGUUGAAACAGUAUAAAUAUUACAGUUUAAUGUGAAGUUAUCGUGAAAAUAUUGUAGACAGUAUUUCAUUUGAAACUUUCAAAACUAAAAUGUUUAUUGUGCUCUCUGGUCUGUGCAACAUUUACUGAAAGAACAACAUUUUAAAAUUCAUUCAAUUAUUCUUCUUUACUUUAUAUACUUUAAAUAACCAUGAAUAAUUUAUUAUAAAUUUUAAAUUUGAAUGAUGCUAUAGUCAUGCAUACAUAAAUCUUUGCUUUGUUUGUCUGCCCUUGUCUUAGUAACUAAUUUGACAGAUCUGUAUAGUUUUAUUGUCAGGAGAACAUUUCGUAGCUUUAUUACAAUCUGCUUUGGACCAUUCCAUUAACUAUUGUUUGUCUUCAUGAAAGGCAACUUUUAAUAUUGCUGCUUAAGGUUGAUGUAUCAGUAGGCCACAUUUUCUGGAAAUUGCUUCUCCCCCAUUAAAAAAAUUUGAAAAGCUUUAUGAUAUUUCCUAUUUUAUUAAUGCCUCCUCUGUCAUACGAUAUGCUUAAAUAGUAAUAAAUAAUGUUAAUGGCAGAGUAAAUAUGACGGCAAAGCUAUUAUUGUAAUUAUAAAUUAUUUUAAAGGUAAUUAUUUUAAAAGUUACCUAUAUGUAAAGAACUAUCUUCUUUUUUAAUGACCUUUUGUUAAAAUGACAUGGAUAAAUAUAGGUGUCUUAGACUAUUACUAUAGUUGUGUGAUCUGUUGGUACUUUAAAUUUAUAACACUCCUCUCUAUAGGUUCAUUUUGGUUGUAAAAUUCCGACAAGUAAGGAAGUCUUUAUUCAUUCUAGGAUUUUUUAUGGAUUGAGGGUACAUGAUGAAGAUAAAUCCCAGAAAUCACUUCAAGAAUUGAUUAAGUUGUAUUGUCAUUAACACCCUUAUACAGAGAUAGCUAUUUCCUUAGCAUAUAAGUUUUAUCCAAUAAUACUGAGCAUGCCAGAAAGUUUGUAUUUCACAUUUCAGUGGAAUGCCAAGAAGAAUAGACAAUGAUGAGAUAGUCAUCAGUAACAUAUGUACUGUCACACCUUAAACAUUCUAUUGUAAAUAUAAAUUUUAUAAAUGAUGUUUUUAUAUAAACUGAGAAACGACAAUACAUUCAUUUGAUAGCUAAGAUAAAAUAAAAGAUGUACAUGUAAAAUAUUGAUGUAAUAUUUCAGUCUGUUAUAAAAUUAUUGUCUGUUUAAUUAUCAAAAAUUAUUCAUUUGUUUGUUUCUUUAAAAGUCCCUAUGCAUGUGUUUUAUUUUAUUAUCUAUUUGCAAUAGCAUAAUGAGUUUACUGACGAGAACAGCCACUGCUGUUAAUGAAUCUGUAAAUUUGCUAAUUGUUUUAAAAAAAAAUAAGUCUAAUAAACAUAGAUGUUCCUUAAAUUUCCUGAGUAUUGGUUUGGUCAUAACUCAAAAAUCUGAUAGAAUUUUUUAGGACAGCAAGAUAAUGACUGAGCUUGAUUUUUUUCCUUUAUUUCCAAACUUAAAAACUACAUCACUAAAUAUAUAUCUGUAUUUAGCGUCUUAUUCUAUAAAUAUAGUUAUCAAAAAAUGGUAAGAUUUGUAGAAAUGUUGUUUUUUUCCAAAUUAAGGUAUUAUCGUAGCAAAGUUUACUGUCACUCACAUAACAACUGACAUUCCUAGGAAAUUUUUUUAUGGUUUGAUUAGAUUAAAGAUUAAUUUCAGAAGAAAAAUGACAGAAAUGUAUUCAUGUACACAUUAUGGCAUAUAAUCAGAUAAUGUAGAUAUUUGUCACAAACCAGAUGUUGUAUUUUAAAAUUGCUUAAUUAUGUAUACAAACUAUAUGUAAGAUCACACAUAAGGUGUAGUGGGAUUGGCACAUUGUUAUUGUCUAACAUGUCUAAAGGUGCCAAGGCGACAGAAGAUGGCCUUUGAAUUAUUCAGAAUAGAUUUCUUGUUUGUAAUGUUUUCUUCAUUGCUUGGGAUAGGCAUCAUGAUUUAUCAUUAUUUAUUCAUGUGUGAUUCUAAGUUAAAUUCUUAAGUUUUUCAAACAGACUGAAAUUAAAUAUUUUAUAAAUCUAAAA